CUGAGUUAGUCUCUUUUCCGGUUUUUGCGGCGCGAGGAAUCAUGAGCAGCAAAGUCUCCCGCGACACCCUGUACGAGGCGGUGCGGGAGGUCCUGCACGGGAACCAGCGCAAGCGCCGGAAGUUUUUGGAGACGGUGGAGCUGCAGGUCAGCCUGAAGAACUAUGACCCUCAGAAGGACAAACGCUUCUCGGGCACCGUCAGGCUUAAGUCCACGCCCCGCCCCAAGUUCUCCGUGUGCGUGCUGGGGGACCAGCAGCACUGCGACGAGGCCAAGGCCGUGGACAUCCCGCACAUGGACAUCGAGGCGCUGAAGAAGCUCAACAAGAAUAAGAAGCUGGUCAAGAAGCUGGCCAAGAAGUACGAUGCCUUUUUGGCUUCAGAGUCUCUGAUCAAGCAGAUCCCACGAAUCCUGGGCCCCGGCCUGAAUAAGGCUGGCAAGUUCCCUUCCUUGUUGACCCACAAUGAGAACAUGGUGGCCAAAGUGGAUGAGGUGAAGUCCACCAUCAAGUUCCAGAUGAAGAAGGUGCUGUGUCUGGCGGUGGCUGUUGGCCACGUGAAGAUGACAGAUGAUGAGCUUGUGUACAACAUCCACUUAGCUGUCAAUUUCCUGGUGUCAUUGCUCAAAAAGAACUGGCAGAAUGUUCGGGCUUUGUACAUCAAGAGCACCAUGGGCAAGCCCCAGCGCCUGUACUAAGGCCCCGCUAAUAAACCAUGAUGCCGCUGUGA